AUGAGCAUCUCCGUCCCGGAGGGGCUGACGGAGCUGCUGCAAGGCUUCACCGUGGAGGUGCUGCGAAGCCAGCCGGGAGACCUGCUGGAAUUCGCCCUCCAGUACUUCGGACGCCUGAAGGCGGAGGCGGCAGCUGCGGCAGUUGCAGCGGCGGGUCAAGGUGUGGGUGAAGGGGCAGGAGAAGGAGAAGAGCCGGGCGAGGAGGAAAGCGGCGGGAGCAGAGGGGUCAAUUUCGCGGAAGAGCCCAUGCAGACCGAUUCCGAGAGCGGCGAAGGGGACGACGACGACGAGGCGGAAGAAUUCACGGCUCCAGUGAUAAAUCGGUUCACUAGACGAGCAUCAGUGUGUGCAGAAGCUUAUAAUCCAGAUGAAGAAGAGGAUGACACCGAAUCAAGGGUUAUUCACCCCAAAACAGAUGAUCAAAGAAACAGACUACAAGAAGCUUGCAAAGAUAUUCUCCUAUUUAAGAACUUAGAUCCGGAACAGAUGUCUCAAGUAUUAGAUGCCAUGUUUGAAAAACUGGUUGAAGGAGGGGAGCAUGUCAUUGAUCAAGGUGAUGAUGGGGACAACUUUUAUGUAAUUGAUCGAGGGACUUACGAUAUAUAUGUGAAAUGUGAUGGUGUUGGAAGGUGUGUUGGGGCCUAUGACAACCGUGGAUGCUUUGGUGAAUUGGCUUUAAUGUACAAUACACCUAGAGCAGCUACAAUUAUUGCUACCUCUCCUGGUGCUGUGUGGGGUUUGGACAGACUAACAUUUCGAAGAAUCAUUGUAAAAAAUAAUGCCAAAAAGAGAAGAAUGUAUGAAAAUUUUAUUGAAUCUUUGCCCUUUUUAAAAUCUUUAGAGCUUUCUGAAAGACUGAAAGUGGUGGAUGUCAUAGGCACCAAAAUAUACAAAGAUGGAGAACAAAUCAUUGCUCAGGGAGACAUGGCUGACUCUUUCUACAUUGUUGAAUCUGGAGAAGUGAAAAUUACAAUGAAAAGAAAGGUUAAACAGGAUAUAGAUGAAAAUGAAGCAGUUGAAAUUGCCAGGUACACUAGAGGGCAGUAUUUUGGAGAACUUGCUCUUGUAACUAAUAAACCUCGAGCUGCCUCAGCAUUCGCACUCGGCACUGUAAAGUGCUUAGUUAUGGAUGUACAGGCAUUUGAAAGGCUUUUGGGACCUUGUAUGGAAAUUAUGAAAAGGAACAUUGCAAACUAUGAAGAACAGCUAGUUGCUCUGUUUGGAACAAACAUGGACAUAGCUGAUCCCAGUGCAUGAAGUAAAGUAUGAAACCACAGGAUUCGUUUAUGAAAAAUAGCACAGUAGUGGUUAGUCCACUGAAAAUGUGUCUAUCUUCCUGUAGAUGCUAAGCAUUUUUCUGUGAA